AUUAUAAUAAAAUUACUUAUUUUUUGUAUUUUAGUUUUUUGGAAUUUGUUAAAUUUAUACAAUGAUGAAAUUACUCAUUUUAAGCGUAUUUUUUGUGUACACUUUUGCCGCGAUUGACGACAAAAGUGGAGACAAUAUAAGAAAAUCUGAUAAAUUGAUUGCCGAUGACAUCGAAGCCAUUCCCACGUCCUAUGACUUCAAGUACUCGACGGGCAGUGAAGGACCGGCUCAGCUGUUCCGUGAGGAGCACCGGGACCACGACGGCACUGUCCGCGGAAAGUAUGGCUAUAUUGACCCCAACGGCAAACUCAGAGUCGUUGAAUACACUGCCGGUGCGAAUGGGUAUCAGGUUUCGGGUGAUAUCGGACCCGACUCUGAGGUACAAAACGAGGCACAACAGCAAUACAGAA